AUUUUGUUGAUGUCGCUGGCCUAUUUGUAAGAAAAAAAUUUCAAAUUAGUGUUGGUGAGGUUUUUUUAAUAUAUAAUAUAAAUAAAUAACUAGCCGGCCGAUCUCGUUUGCUUUUUCUUUUUCUGGUGUUGCCACAUUAUUAAAUUAAAAAUUAAAUUAUUUAAAAGAUAAUAUAAAUAAAUAAACAAUAAACAUGAAGGAUAAAGGAUACUUACUGACUGAUACUGGCCGAUUGAUUCUGUGAUUCAGUCAUUAUUAUAUAAAGAAUUAGAGUUGGAUUGAAAGUUCAAACUAUUUUGCCUAAUUUCAGUUACAGAAUAUAUAUAAUAAUUUCUUAUUGUUACGUUUUUUUAAAUAAACAUGUAGUAGUUGCAAUUUAUCACCAAGCUUUUAAUUGUUGAUGUUGUAAAAUACUAAAAUACCAAGAAAUAACAAAUAGUAAAUUUUCAAAGAUAGUAAGUCCAAGUAUUUACUAAUUAAGUACCAGAAUAAAUUCCCUAAACUAAAGCAGCCACAAGUUGUUCGGUGUCAUAUUCCCCAUCGACUCUCUCAGAAAACCCACACACAAAGAAAAAACAGUAGCCUAGUCAUCAACAUGACGUGCACCAUGUCGGGAGUGGCCCCCAUGGACAUCUUUGAGGGCACGCCCUCCCCAACCAGAAUGCCUUACACAUCAGAGAAGCAUUCCAAAUUCGUUCUGGAGGUUGUUAGUAUGCUCAGAAAGAACAGGGAAUUAUGCGAUGUUGUCUUGAUUGUUGGCCAGAAAAAAAUCUUUGGUCAUAGGGUUAUUUUGUCGGCUUGCAGUCCUUACUUUCAUGCUAUGUUCACUGGCGAGUUAGCUGAGAGUCGACAAACAGAAGUGACAAUAAGAGAUGUCGAUGAGAAUGCCAUGGAACUUCUCCUUGACUUUUGCUACACAUCAUCGAUUGUCAUAGAAGAAUCAAACGUGCAAACACUUCUGCCGGCCGCCUGUUUACUCCAACUGGCCGAAAUACAAGAUGUCUGCUGCGACUUCCUACAAAAGCAACUGGACCCGACAAACUGUUUAGGGAUUAGGGCAUUUGCAGAUACUCACGCUUGCAGAGACCUGCUUAGGAAAGCUGAUAAAUAUACACAACAACACUUCCCCGCUGUGAUGGAGAGUGAAGAGUUCCUAUUACUGCCUGUCAAUCAAUUGGUCGACAUCAUUUCCAGUGAGGAACUGAACGUCCAAUCAGAGGAGCUCGUUUUCAAUGCAAUCAUGGCUUGGGUUAGAUUCAAUGUCCCUGAAAGAAGACAGCACCUGCCAUUGGUUCUCCAACACGUUCGUCUACCUCUGAUGAGUCCUAAAUUUUUGGUGGGCACCGUCGGCUCUGAUCUCCUAAUAAAGAGUGAUGAUGUCUGUCGAGAUCUCGUUGAUGAGGCCAAAAAUUAUUUACUGCUGCCACAAGAAAGACCACACAUGCAGGGACCUCGCACCAGGCCAAGGAAACCAAUCAGAUGUGGGGAGGUUUUAUUUGCAGUUGGUGGUUGGUGCAGUGGCGACGCAAUAUCGAGCGUGGAGAAGUUUGACCCGCAGACAGGGGAGUGGAGAAUGGUGGCUCCGAUGAGUAAACGCCGAUGUGGUGUCGGCGUGGCCGUCUUAACUGACCUUCUAUAUGCCGUCGGGGGACACGAUGGUCAGUCCUACCUCAAUAGCAUCGAAAGGUACGACCCACAGACGAAUUUAUGGAGUAGCGAUGUGGCCCCGACGAGCUCCUGUAGAACCAGUGUGGGCGUGGCCGUUCUGGAUGGGUACCUGUACGCUGUUGGUGGGCAGGAUGGAGUGUCCUGCUUGAAUUUCGUUGAAAGGUAUGAUCCGCAAAGCAACAGAUGGAGUAAGGUGUCCAGUAUGGGAACGAGAAGAUUGGGAGUGGGAGUUGCAGUCCUACACGGAUUUCUCUACGCCGUGGGAGGUAGCGAUGGCACGGCCCCACUUAACACCGUCGAAAGAUACGAUCCGAGGACGAAUCGCUGGUGCACUGUGACCUCGAUGGGGACGCGGCGCAAGCACCUGGGUGUCGCUGUCUUCAUGAACAUGAUCUACGCCGUUGGUGGCAGGGAUGAUGCCACAGAACUCAGCAGUGCCGAACGCUACCACCCCCAGGGCAAUGCCUGGCAGCCUGUAAUCGCCAUGACUUCUCGACGUAGCGGGGUGGGUCUGGCAGUUGUGAACGGCCAGCUGAUGGCCAUAGGGGGGUUCGAUGGAACGACCUAUUUGAAGACUGUCGAAGUUUACGAUCUGGAACAAAACUGCUGGAAAAUCUAUGGGGGCAUGAACUACAGGAGGCUUGGAGGUGGAGUGGGCGUUGUAAAGAUGCCCAAUCAGGAUGGACAAGUGUGGUGAUAGGCUGAUUUGCUGCAUGGUGAUUGGCUGACUGAGUUGUCCAACCAUCAUUGAGUAUGAGAUUAGCCAAUCACGAAGGACGAGUGUGGUGAUUGGCUGGCUGGUGAUUGGCUGGUUGAGAUGUCCAAUCAUUGCGUAGUUAGUGUGGUUAUUAGAUAAUCCAAAUGGACAAACCGUAACUGCUGGUCGACAGAGCCGUCCAAUCAGAAUUGGCCCGUGUGGUUCAUUGAUUGACUAUUUGUAUAUAUAUAUUGCUGUUUCUAUUGUAUUGUUUUAUUUGCUUUAAUUAUUAUUGUUAUUAUUGUUUUUAUUAUUAUUAUUAUUAUUGUUAUUAUUAUUCAUUAAACAUUGAUAGUUAACAAUGAAAAUAAAGUUGGUGUCUGGCAUUUGUUAAAAUGAAUGUGUAUAUAUGAAUGUGCUAAUACCUUUUAAUAAAAUAGUUUCAUUUUUCAAAAAAUAAAAUACUUGAAUUUGUA